CAGGAAUUGUAGAUCUACAGAUAUUGAGAUAUUGAGGUGUCUGCUAUCGCCCCGGAAUCGAUAAAUUCCUCUCCCAUCCGUAAUGUAGAGCCACACGUUGCUUGAUCUGACAUCAAGCAGCCGCUACUACCAUUGCCUUAACCCCAAGUGAUCAGCAUAGCCCACAAUGGCUUCGUUUCUCGUCACUGGCGCCUCUCGGGGUUAUGGACUCGCACUCGUCCGUGAGCUAGCAUCCAUGCCGAGCUCUGAGGUUAGCAAAGUCCUGGCAUCCGCACGCAGCGAGUCGCCUGCUUUGGGUGAGCUCGUCCAGCAAUCUUCUGGCCAGGUAGCCGUGAUCAAGUUUGAUGUCACGGACCAGGACUCGAUCCAAAAAGCGGCCGUCGAAGCGGUAACCCAGUUGGGGGGCAAAGGACUCGACGUCUUGAUCAAUAAUGCCGGAGUGGCCUACUGGAAUCCUAACGGGAUUCGAACCAUGGAGAACCUCGAAGACGCCUUCGCUGUUAACGUGUUGGGAGCUCAUUGGGUCACCCGAGAGUUUCUGCCACUGCUGCAACAGGGGCAUCUGAAAAAAGUCAUGAAUAUCUCGUCAGCUGCCGCCUCCAUAACCCUCGCUCGCGAUUUCACCCAUCUUAAGAAUCCGGCGUAUAAGAUCUCGAAAGCAGCCUUGAACGCUCUCACUGCUCAAUUCGCCCUGGAGUAUGAGAAGGAAGGCUUCACAAUUUUUGCGGUUUCCCCAGGCUGGAUGAAAACCGAGAUGGGAGGUGGCGACGCGGCAGAUUUAACGCCAGAAGAGAGCGCUAAGGCCGCAUUGAAUUUCAUCUUCAACAAGGGAAAAGAGCUCAAUGGAAGAUUCCUAAAAGUUCAUAUCAAGGGGUGGGAGAACCGCAAGGGAAGGGCCGCCUAUGACGGGACUGACGCUCCGUGGUAG